CCUCUUUCGCCCCCGCCCCCAUUUCCCUGCUUUUCUGCCUCCCAGCUUUUCCUUCGUGGUUUCCAUGGCAGAGUUUCCCCCGAAUCUUGACGACGGCGAGCUCUGGCUUCCGUCGGAGAUCUUCCCGGACGUCGGUGUCUGCCACCACCGCCAUCGCCAGCCCGUUGCCGCCGGGCUUCACUCCGACGUUUCCUACGUUGAUGAGCUUGCCGAGAAGCUCGCUGCCUUCGGCCUCCUCGACAGCAGCAACCUCCUCCUCCCCGCUAUCCGACGCAACCCUCAUCUCUCCGACCGGUUUCGGUUUGCGAGCGGACCCGUUACCCGGUUCGGACCGGUGGCGGACAGGGAGGCAGGAGCUGGAAUGGUGUACGACGGGUUCCGGUCACGUGCGGCGGCGCGGCGAGUGGUCGCUGGCUGGCGGCCGGUGUUUCCGUUUUCCCCGGCGAAGCCGGCUCAGUUUUUUGGGCCGGAGAGAACUGUGGUUCCGGUCCGGACCGGCGGUUCGGGGAGAGAGUGCGGAGGGACGGGCGUCUUUCUACCUCGGGUGAUCAAUAACGAAGUCACCGCUCCAAUGAAGAAGAAAUCUUGCAUCAAAGAUGGAGGAGAGCAACGGAAGCAGCUCACAGGGGUUGCUGCAAUGGGGAUGCAAGGAAUGCCGUUUCAUCAAGCCCCUCCUCCUGAGAUGGGUCUGCCUCAGGACUGGACCUACUGAGGGCUGGAGACCCAUCCCCUCUGUCAGCCACUGUAUAAAGGAAAAGACCCCUUGCUUUGUUGUUUUGUUGUCUUUUUGAGGAAUAAGUACAAGGAAAACAGAGGAGGUGGGUGAGAGGGGGAAGCAAAAAAAUGGAGGACAAAACGAGCUGGAAAUAACUCGCUGGCUCUGCAGCAACGGAAGCAUGUAAUCAGAACCAACAAAGCUGCAAGUGAAGAAGGGAACCCAUAGGGUUGAAUUUUUUUUUUUUUUUUUUUUAAAGCUCUUCUUUCACUUUCUCUUUUGUAUCUUUUUAUUUCUUUCUCCUGCUUUGCGUGCCUUAUCACUGUAUACAUAUAUAUAUAUAUAUCAAUAAUAAGUUUGGAUGUUUUAAUGUUGA